CGCCCUGUACGUCUGUGGGCCCUCAGGCACAGACUCACAAAAGGGAGACCCGCGGGCCGGACGGGCUUUUGGUUGCACCUCGUAUUUCUGAGCUGGGUUAGAAGUGAUUUUGCCCAGGGAUCCGAUGAGAAGAGUCUGGGCUUAAAAGAACAGUUCUGGAGUGAGUUUUCAAAUGUACAGAAGCCUCGGCUUGGCCAGCUGUGUACUAAUUCUAGUGAUGCUGUCAUUGCUGAGAAUAAUUUUGGAGCUCCUGCUUUGGAGUUGCCUUCAGAGCUGGCAACACGGUGACUGAAUUGCCUCUGUGAUGGCAAACCUUCUGAAGCUGGGAAACAGCCAAGCACUGUGUGGAGCCAACUGUGGUGGAGAAUCGAGGUUGUAAUAGGAAGUGUGUCCAUUAAGGUUGUUAACCCAAAGCUUCAUAUAGCCAUGGCUUGAAUCUUGAUUUAGCUGUGAUCUUGGACAAGUUAUCCAUCUCUUUCGGCCUCAGUUUUUCUACCCUAAAAUGAAGAUGUAGUAAGUAGGUACCUCAUGGGACUGUGAUGAAGAUGAAAUAAGAUUAUGCAUAUAGAGCCCUGAGGUUGCAUCCCCGUGUAGCCAUGACGACUGCCAUCCUGGAGCGUCUGAGCACCCUGUCCGUGAGUGGACAGCAUCUGCGCCGCCUGCCCAAGAUUUUGGAGGAUGGGCUGCCCAAGAUGCCCGGCACCGUCCUGGAGACUGACGUGCCCCAGCUCUUCCGGGAGCCCUACAUCCAUGCUGGGUACCGCCCCACCGGCCACGAGUGGCGUUACUACUUCUUCAGCCUCUUCCAGAAACACAACGAGGUGGUCAACGUCUGGACCCACUUGCUGGCGGCUCUGGCCGUCCUCUUGCGGUUCUGGGCCUUUGUGGAGGCCGAGGGCCUGCCGUGGACCUCUGCCCACGCCCUGCCCCUGCUCCUCUACGUCCUGUCCUCCAUCACUUACCUCACCUUCAGCCUCCUGGCCCACCUGCUGCAGUCCAAGUCCGAGCUCUCCCACUACACCUUCUACUUUGUGGACUAUGUGGGCGUGAGCGUUUACCAGUACGGCAGUGCCCUGGUCCACUUCUUCUACACCUCCGACCAGGCCUGGUACGAGCACUUCUGGCUUUUCUUCCUGCCCGCAGCCGCCUUCUGUGGCUGGUUAUCUUGCGCCGGCUGCUGCUACGCUAAGUACCGGUACCGCAGGCCUUACCCAGUCAUGAGGAAGAUCUGUCAGGUGGUGCCGGCGGGGCUGGCCUUCAUCCUGGACAUCAGCCCCGUGGCACAUCGCGUGGUUCUGUGCCACCUGUCUGGCUGCCAGGAGCAGGCGGUCUGGUACCACUCCCUGCAGAUUGUCUUCUUCCUGGUCAGUGCCUACUUCUUCUCCUGCCCGGUUCCAGAGAAGUACUUCCCGGGUUCCUGUGACAUCGUGGGCCACGGGCAUCAGAUCUUCCACGCCUUUCUGUCUGUCUGCACACUGUCCCAGCUGGAGGCCAUCCUCCUAGACUACAGGGGGCGACAGGAGAUCUUCCUGCAACGCCACAGCCCCCUGUCCAUCUACAUGGCCUGCCUCUCCUUCUUCUUCUUGGUCACCUGCAGUGCAGCCACUGCAGCCUUCUUGAGGCAAAAAAUCAAGGCCAGACUGACCAAGAAAGAUUCUUGAGGCCGGCAGGUGGGGUGCGGUGUGGAGUUGGCCUGAUAUGAUUUGGGGAAAACCUGAAUCAGCAGUAGGAGUUGACUUUUUGUUUUUUAGAGCAGGCUUUUAAAUGAGUACGUAUUUCCAAGGGUGGCUAUGGCUAUGGCAUUAGGAAGCCAAAGGGUCCAAGAGUUUUGCUGUUAUUGUUGUGAAUGAAAGUAUCCCUUUAUCCUCUGGGCUGUAGCCUUACGAGACACAGGAAGGGAAGGGACCUUGGCUAAAAUUCAUCGGACACUGAAUUAAGAACCAUCUUCAUGCCUGAAAAUUUAGUAGAAUUCCGACUGUGGCCGCCAGGGGCAAGGCCUGGUGUAAAGGGAUAAUCCAACUGGACUGGAGAAGUUAGGAGGUGGCUAGACCACACUGUAUUGAAAUGAGCAUUCUUCUAUGAUGCUGGUCUUUGGUAAUUGGGUACAUUGACCCAAGGACCCGAUUUCAUUUGGAUUUCAGAUCGUCCUGGGUGGAGAAGUCAGAAUCUUCAAGAAGAUUCUGUAAAACCCUCAGACCUCAUGAAUUACUCGGUUCGUCUCACUUCCGGUCCCUUCUCUGGCCCACUCUAGCACUGACCCUUUUCUCAGGAUGAUGUCUGCCUGGCUGUUUUCUCCCAAGUGCUGUUCACUCCCAUCUGUACCUUGCAUGAUGAUAGAGAGGACGAUGAAGCAGUCAUACUUCCAGGAAAUGCUUGGAUCCAUGGGGACAUUCAGGAAACUUACUCUCAUAUAAUACUAAUGGAAACGGUAGUAGAAAAUACAGUGCCAAGAGCCAUCAGGAGGUCCAGCCAGCAAGCAUGGAUACCGUUUGGUGUCAUGGGACCCUUCUGGUUUAUACCUGUGCGUUGCAGGAUUACUUGAGAUCUAUUAGGGCUGCCUUACAUGCCAGAAGAUCUGGAGCUUUCUCCAGAGCAUCUUCUCCAGAUUUUGACCAGCAUGUUCAAAAAGCCCCUGGUAGCGUGAAUUGGUUCUGAGAGUCCCACUAGGGAUCUGAUUAUUUCAAGAGGAACUCAAGGUCCAGCCUCUUAAAUAGAUGCGGACCCGCAUAACUACCCUAGUUCAGGUCCUCGGGGAGGCAGUUGUACCUCAGCUUAGAGCAGCUUAAAUUAAUCAAGCCCCAGGACAGGCACAUGUGUGCAUUCAUGGUGGAUUGGUCCCUGAAGGCUCCUUUGGGUGAGGAUGGUGAACUGGGCACCCUGUAGCCAGAAUGUUCUGUUUAGGACAUAGCUGCCCAGCAGCUUCUAUGGGGUAGGGGGGGCUUGCGGUUGAUGUGUUCUGGCCACGCAGCCCCCCUGAGGACUGCCUUCUGCACUGAUCCAGUGAAGGGGGCUGCAUUGGAACCCUCCCCAGAGGCUGUAUUUCCUAUCAAUAUAAGGUCUGUUUACUAAAAAGGGAGGUGGGUUUUCAUUCCAGUUUGAUGAACCUCCUCUCUUCCUAGAUUACUUUGUUGUCUUCAUAUCUUUGUUUUCUUCCUUUCUCUUGAGAGAUGUGUAGAGUUUGUGCCUUAUAAAUGGAAAUGUACGAACUUAAUACACUUAAUACAUGGCCUUGUGGAAUUUUCAGUUUGGGGUUAUAGGGAUAAGAAAAAAAGAAUUAAUUGCCUUCCAAACCAUGGAUGAAAAAACUUAUGAAUAUCAGAAUUGCUUAUCCAUCAGAAGACUCUUCCAACCUGUAUUUUGGAGGGAAAAAUUCAACUGAGCCUUUCCUGUAAUCUUUAUAUCAAGAAAGCAUAUGUCGGGACUUCCCUGGCAGUCCAGCGGUUAAGACACCCUGCUUCCACUGCAGGGGGUGCGGGUUCAAUCCCUGGCUGGGGAACUAAGAUCCUGCAUGCCAUGGGGUGGCCAAAAAAAAAAAAAAAAAAAAAAGCAAGCAUAUGUCUUGUCAGUUAUGUUGUUUUCCUAGAUGGAUUUCUCCUGGGAAUCCUCAAAUACCUGAACUUCUGUGCUACCCAAGUGUCUUACACGAGCUUCUGGCAUCCAGGCCAAAUUCACCGCCAAUAAAGUGAGCAACACCAAACCGGUUGAACUGAUGAACAAGGGAAUGGAAAGUUGUGUCACACAACACUGCAAGUAGAGGGUCAGUUUUUUUUUUUGCGGUACGCGGGCCCCUCACUGUUGUGGCCUCUCCCGUUGCGGAGCACAGGCUCCGGACGCACAGGCUCAGCGGCCAUGGCUUACGGGCCCAGCCGCUCCGCGGCAUGUGGGAUCUUCCCGGACCAGGGCACGAACCCGUGUCCCCUGCAUCGGCAGGCGGACUCUCAACCACUGCACCACCAGGGAAGCCCGAGGGUCAGUUUAAAUGGAGAUGAGAAAGUGUCUGAAAUGUCGGUAAUUAUGGAUUCAGAGGCUAUCUUCUUUUAAAAAUUGGAAGGAAGAUGUAAGGCAAGCUCUUGCAUGUAACCGUGGUGGCCAUGGUGGGCAGAGAUCUUUAGGCCAAAUGCAGGUAUUUUUUAAGGGAGAAAAUACAAGGUAUAGCAGUGAUCUUCCAACGCCAUCCGCAGCCCAGUGCCGGUCUGCACACUUAUUCGUCUGUGACAAGAUACGUACAGAGAGACACUAAACUCUUAGAUAUGAACAUAAAAUUCAUAACAUUUUGAUUUUAAUUUACCCAAGUAUUGGUCCCUCAAGUACUGGAAAUUUACAAAAAAAAUUUUCACCAGAGAUAUUUGAGAAGAGUUGAGGGACUACUAUCUGGUUAGAAAUUCCAGUAUCUCAUGAGAAAUAGAGAAACAGGAGAUGCAGCCGUUUUUAAAUACUCAGACUCUUGAGGGGUUAAAUACUCCUUUUAAAACAUUUUCAUUCAAACGAUUGAAUCAGUAAGGAAGAGACCUAGUUUGUUUAAAAGGAAUAAUAAGUAUUUGAUAAAGGGGAUGGUUCUUCUUAUUCCACCAAAGCCAAAAGUUGACAUCUAUUGGAAAUUCUACUGUCAUUGCUCUUUUUUACUAAGGCUUUCAACCUAUUAAAAUGUAAAUGCCUCUGGGAAAAAAACUAAACUAAACUAUUAGUCAUUUACGUCUUGGGAAUAAAAUGCGUAUUGUAUGUGGCCCCCUACUCAGGGUAGAGAGAGGGAAUAACAGGAUGCAGCGAACUGGGGACCUAUUUGCCUGUUUGUUUCCCUCUUGCAAGCACUUCCUGACCUAUAUUUACUAGGGAGCUAAUGUUAAUACUCUUCAGGUGUUAGGGUUUCAUCUCCCACCUUGGCUGAAAGUACCUCACUCAGUAAUACUAUUCUCAGUCCUCUACUGGAAGCUUGAAAUAGUAGGCGCUCAAGCCAUGGAAUGGAGGUAGUUCUUUCCUGCCUCUGUUGCCCACCUGUUCACCAGUUGUACCCUGAUGCUUGAAAACAUUAGGUUCUUCAGUUGCCACGCUGUAGUUUCAAAUGGGCCCUCCAGAUGGUGCUUAUGUCUUACUCAGAGAAGGCAUGGCCGUUGUCCCCAAGGCCUCCGCCUAAUUUUGUUGUUCCUAGGGUUUUGCUUGAUUGCUUGGCAAAGAAAAAAUAGAACUAUUUUCUGUUUAUAUAAAUCUACUUACACAAAUGACCAUUUAACAGAUUUUGUAAAUGCAUUAUUGUACUCUCAACAGCUACCUUGUGUCUUUGACAAGGCCUAUCUUAAAGAAAGGUUUUAUCUAGACAGAUAUUGCCAGAAGGAGAUCAGGACACUUCAUAGCCACCUAGAAGUAGGAAAGUAUAAAAGCUUUGAAAAAAAUCUCCAUACCCCAAAUCCCAAAAUAUUCUCCCCCUCCCCCAAAUCCCCACUUGUGAGUAGAUCAAAUUGGGCCCCUUCCCCAAAAGCUAUGGAGUUGAUUUCUCUAAGGAUUUUCAAUCUAAUUGAAUAAAUAUUUUAAUCUCAUGGACAAUAGUGUUAAAUAUUCCAAACUUUUGAAUUGAUAGACUGUAUUUUUUGAAACCUAAAAAUUAUGAACUAUACUAUUGUUAUACCAUAACAGGUACUAUGGUUGUGAAAUGUGGCACCUGUCAACCAAAGGAUUCUGUGGCCUUAACUAUUAGAUUUAAAUAGCUGUGGAAAAGGUGAUUCUACUAUCACCAUAACAGGAAGAAAACAGCAUUCUCUGGCUAGAGGUUUCACUGAUAGAAUUAUGGAUACCUCUCUCGCCCAAAUGCUUUUUAUCACCAGUAGGGACCCUGGGCAGUUUGCAAAUACUUCUGUUGUCACUGCUAAUAGUUUAACCACUUUUCAGUUACUGAUUAUGAGCAUCUCUUGGUGGCAGACUCCAUGUUGGCUCUGGAGAUACCACAGUGAGGGUAAAAAACUGGGACCCUCCAUGCUAACGGAGGACCAAUGUCUUCCCACCUUGGGCCAUGAUGGGGGCCCCACUCCAGCACUUGGUUCCAGUCACAGCCUGAGGGUCAGAUGGCCUGCCAAACCCACGGGAGGCUGGGACCUGCUUUGGGCCAGCCUCUUUUCAAAAGGAUUGAGGUCUCUCCUUUCCCCUCCAGAGGUUGGAAACACUUCCCACUCCAGCAAGGCUGUCACCUUAGAGUCACCUCAACCUUUCUUGAUACUCCUGCUGCCUCCCCAGCCCAUCUUCCUGCCCUCUAUUUGAUUUAAUCCAGUCCUGGGGAAUCCUUGACACAGCCAGACACAGAGAGAAGCCCUAUAUUUCCACAGGUUGUAUAGACUUCCCAUAAAGCCCGUCCUUUAGGGAAAGGGAUGUAGGGUUCCAACCUGAGUGCAAGUUCCUGAUUUGGUAAGUUGGAAACAGCAUGCUACACCCUGGCUGCCUCCUUUGGGGGGGAAAAAAAUCCACCUUAUCCCUUAUGGAAUUUUUUUAGAAAUAUUUAAUAUAGAAAGAAAAUCAUUGCAUUAAAGAGAGAAUUCAUUUAGAUAUUAACUUUGGGAGCAUAUCUAUAUAAGGUAAGGGCACUUCUUACCAACAUGAUUCUCAUAGGAAAUUAUGCACUGUAUUUUAGACUCUAGGAGGCCUUGGCCAAUUCAAAGGCUCCAGAAUUAACAGCUCAGGUUAUACAGAGCGCUGUGCUUCCCCAAACAUUUCCACAACCAUUUGCUUUCCUAAAGAGUCAUGUGAGGUAAAACCAAAAAGAGUUCCAUUAAACCGGAAAACACACUAAGAAAGUAGAAGGAUUGCUUCAGAGUCACACAACUAGGAAUGUUUAAACUCAAAGUCCUUUUUCCUUCAGAUAAAUUCAGGGGUCAGCUAAAUCGAAACAUCAGCACCAAAUAUUUGCAGAGCCCUUUGCAGUGUGUAAAGCACUUUUUAACGUAUUGUGUAUACUUUACCUAAUCUCAUUUUAACUUUUGUUCCUAAAUACCUCAUGAAUAGCCAGGGUCAUAUCACUUCUUUGGGGGUUAAGAAGUACAUCGUGGAUGUCCUUGGAUAUCAAAUAAAGCAUUCUCUGCA